GCUCGCCUUUUUUCUGUGAAGAACAGUUAGAGAAGUGGCGAAAUGGGGAACAGCAACCCUUAGUAAAGAUGGAUGUUGUCCUACAAAACAACGCGAGGAAGCUCGACCGUAACUGAGAUGGAACCUUUUGAGGCGGGGAAACUUGAUUCACCGUUGCCUGCUUUUUCCCAAGCCUCCAAACGAAAGAGCGUGCAGCGAACAAAGGGUUGACAGGAUCUUAAAAGAAAUCGGGAGUGGUGGUGGUGAGGCGUCUACAUAUAAACAAGGCCAGAUUCCCAAAUUGAUACAUUUAUAAUCCUUUCUGAUCUUCUCGUUGAUCGAUUCAUAACUGUCACCCAUUCCCCUCGGCUCCAUCUACAGUUGCAACCUAUAAGGAUUGCAAUUUAUUUUUAAAAAAGCAGAGCUUGGAAAAGUUACUUUUUUAAACUACAACUCCCAAGCGUCACCUGCUGAGUUUCUGGUGGGGGGGGGAGAGACAGUACCGUAAUAACCGUGAUUGGAACUCACGCUUGGCUUAAAGACAUCUCUCUAAACAGAUGCAACAAUCCCUCCAAGCAGAUGCAACAAUGGGCCAUCUAAAGGACAUGCAACUCCAGGAACAAGGCUUUGCAACAAUCUCUGCCUCCAUAUAUACUUGAGCAACUCUGUCAUGGAAUUCAUCAUCAGCUAUGCUAUCAAUAGCUCAUUCACUUGUACAUCAUCUAAGUUCUCUUGUGACAGAUACCAUAAUGUACCAGCAAUACCUUUCUGCUUUUAACAUAAGGCAUAUUCUUCUUAUGCAAGAGAACAGACAUUUACAGCCCAGUCCUAUGCAUGCUUACUCAGAGUAAAUCUGAGUAUUCAGUGGGACUUGUAUUCACUGUGUUCUUAUUUCCAGGUGAGGUGCGGUUAAAGUCUAAACGCUCGCUUCCGCCCAGGUAAGAGCGAGUGAAGAUCCGAAAGAGGCGGCCGUGACAGAUUUCUCCUCCCACCGCAGACCAGAUUAUUUUGACAACUGCGCACAAAUACGCCAACAUGCCAGAAAAUCCUGUCGCAGAUAAGCAGCAGGUGCUACAGAUUCUGGAGCGACUGCUACUGAAACUUCAUGAGAGAGGAGAAACUUCACAGAGUGAUAAUCUGGCUUUUCUAUACAAUACACUCAAGAAUCCCUUGUUUAAUCACAUGCUAACUCUUCAGCAGUCAAUCAAGCAGUUGAAAGAACAACUCUUGUACAUGCCGCCAGAUUGUACAUUGGAUUUUGAUUUUACUACGAGAGGUUUGCUGGUGUUUGAUGCUGAACACAAUUCUCUCACUAAUGGAAGCCCUUGGGUGCCUUACAACCAUAAUAAUCAGAUGGCUCCUCUGGUUCCAAAGCUUGGAGUUGAUGAGUUUAAUUUGGCAAUCCAAAGGAUGGCAAAGGGCAGGCAAAUAGAAUAUAUAGAUAUAGAGAAGCCAUCUAAUGGAGGCCUUGGAUUUAGUGUGGUUGCUCUUAAAAACCAAAGUGUUGGAGAAGCUGGUAUCUUUGUCAAGGAGGUUCAGCCAGGAAGCAUAGCAGCCAGGGAUCAAAGAUUAAAGGAGAAUGACCAUAUACUAGCCAUUAAUCAUACCCUAUUGGAUCAGAACAUUUCCCAUCAACAAGCAAUCAUAUUGCUCCAGCAAUCCACAGGUUCCAUACAUUUGAUUGUGGUCAGGGAGCCAACUCAGAGAAGCAGUAGGACCCCAACUGCCUUGAGUGAUAUUAAUUCACCUGAAACGAUCAGUUGGGGCCAUGUUGAGGAAGUUGAACUUAUUAAUGAUGGCUCAGGACUAGGUUUUGGAAUUGUUGGAGGAAAAUCAAGUGGUGUAGUAGUAAGGACUAUUGUUCCUGGAGGACUAGCAGAUAAGGAUGGCAGACUCAGAACCAGUGAUCACAUAUUGGAAAUUGGUGGUACAAAUGUGCAAGGAAUGAGCAGUGAACAAGUGGCUCAAGUGUUGCGAAACUGUGGAAACUACAUUAAGAUGCUUGUCGCAAGAGACCCGAUGUGUGAAAUAACAGUGACACCACCGACCCCUGUAGCCCGGCCUGUUGGUGUGUUGACUCCUUUUCAGGACAGGGGAUUUGGAACAGAAAAUGAAAUUCAUGAAGUUCAGCUGACUAAAAAGGAUGGGCAGAGUCUUGGUAUAACAAUUGUUGGCUAUUCAGCAGUUUCUGACACAGCAGAAUCUUCAGGGAUUUUUGUUAAAAACAUAAUACCUGGCAGUGCUGCAGAACACAGCGGUCAAAUAAAGGUCCAUGAUAAAAUUAUUGCUGUUGAUGGGGUUAACAUUCAGAAUUAUACCAACCAAGAAGUUGUGGAGGCAUUGCGAAAUACAGGACCAGUUGUACACCUGGCACUGCUUCGAAAGAAACUAUUGUAUGAUGCUUUCCCUUCAGAAAAAGUCUUAGACAGAGUUGCACUGCAGCCAAAUAUGCCUACCUUUUCCUUGGCUGGUAUCGUGGAGACUGAAACUACCUUAGACAGUGACAGUGAAGAACUUCAGGAGCAAAAAGACAACUUUGAAAAUGAAAGGAAGCAAAAACUACAUACAGUUGGGAAAACUCCAGAAUCGCCAGAAAAUAGAUUGAAAUCUAAGUGGGGAAAACUGCUGGGACCUGACUUUGAAGUUACGGUUGUCACUGUGGACAUGCCAAUUGCAGAUGAUGCUGAGCUACAGAAAUGUUCAAAGCUGCUACCUAUUCACACACUGAGGUUAGGGGUUGAACUGGAUACAUUUGAAGGACAUCAUUAUAUAUCUUCGAUUGCUACAGAUGGGCCGAUUGCUAAACUUGGUUUACUGCAAUUGGAAGAUGAACUUCUAGAGGUAAAUGAUGUUCAACUCUAUGGAAAAUCCCGUCGUGAAGCAGUUUCUUUUCUGAAGGAAGUACCACCUCCAUUUACCCUGGUUUGUUGUCGCCGCCUGUUUGAUGAUGGCACAGAAUCCUUUGUGGAUGAGCCCACAGCUAUCAUUGCUUGCUCUCCAGAACCAAAGGUGAAACCUAAAGAUUUUGACCCAGAGGAAGAAGAAGAAGAAGAAGAAGAAGAAGAAGAAGAAGAAGAAGAAGAAGAAGAAGAUGUGGAGCUAGAACUGUGGUCUUCUGAAGUCAAAGUUGUUACACUUGUAAAAGACACUAAAAUGGGCUUAGGAUUCAGCAUUUUGGACUACCAGGAUCCCUUCGAUCCAACAAAGGCAGCAUUUGUGGUCAGUUCACUGGUACCAAAUGGAGUGGCUGAGUGUGGUGGUACACUCUUCCCUGGUGACCGCCUGGUCUUUGUAAAUGACAUAUGUUUUCACAAUACUACUCUAGCAGAAGCUGUAGAAGUGUUGAAAUCUGUACCACCAGGGAAUGUUCACCUUGGAAUCUGCAAACCUUUAGUGGGACAAAAUAAACAGCAUGGGACCUCUUCUGCUGUGGAUUCCAAGGGUAUUGCCAGAAGUUCUGUAUCUCGGGAACCAAUCGAUGAUAUUGAGCCAUCAAUAUGCCUUCAAGGUCCAAAGGACUUCAGAGAUGAAUCUUUCUCUAAAGAAGAACUUGUUGAUGAGCCGAUCCUGGACUUGGGAAGACAAUUUCAACUUGUGCAGAAUGAAACAGAUGUUGAUAAGGAGUCUUGGGAAAUGCAUGAGUUUUUGAAGCCUACAGGGCCUCAUUGUGGUGAAGAGCGGGAGAUGCUAGUGGAUGAAGAGUAUGAUGUGGAUCAGGAUUACUAUAGUUACAUGCCAUCAGAUUUGAAGGAGCUACCUCCAUCUAAUCAGAUGGACUUUGAAACUGCAAGGCAGUGGGCAAAGGAACUGGAACCCACUAAAAUGGCAGAACUGAGUUCUGAAAUGGGCCUUGGUGCUGAAGAGAUUGAAGAAAAUGGAAGUAACAGUUCAAUGUUCCCUGGAGCUUCAGAGGAGUUCAGCCAAUCAAGUACUAUAUUGGAAAGUCAUGAAAUGAGUGCCAAGAUGCAAAAUUACUGUAAAGCUCCUCUCUGUGUGGAUGAUGAUCUUGAGAGAAAUAACCUAAAGACUGAAGAUUGUGACCUUUCCAGCACCCAGGAUUCUGCUGCUCUUCAACUAAGGUUGUCUAGUGAAUUGCCUGAGAGAGAAGAAGGAGAAGGAGAAGAAACUCCAGUUUUCAGUCACUGGGGAGCACCCCAGACUAUUGAAAUUUUUCGAGACCCCCAUGUGCCACUUGGCAUCAGUAUUGUUGGUGGGCACACAGUUAUAAAGCGCUUAAAGAAUGGAGAAGAGCUUAAAGGUAUCUUUAUCAAGCAAGUCUUGGAAGACAGCCCAGCAGGAAGAACGAAAGCUCUCAGAACUGGAGAUAAAAUUCUUGAGGUGUCUGGAAUAGACCUACAAAAUGCCACUCAUGAAGAAGCUGUGGAAGCUAUCAAAAAUGCUGGCAACCCCAUUGUUUUUGUUGUUCAGAGUUUGUCUACUCUUCCAAGGAUAGUUUCCAUAGUGAACCCUAAGAAAAAUAAGGACCACAAAGAUCAAGACACAGCAGGAGAAUCUGGGAAGAAGAAAAGUGGAGCUCCACCCCCCAUGAAACUGCCACCUCUUUCCAAAGGACCAAAAAAGUCCAGCUCUGAAGAGACAGAAGAGGAGGAAGAUGACACUUACACAGAGGAGAAAAUCAGGCAAAGAUAUGCAGAUCUGCCUGGGGAGUUGCACAUUAUUGAGCUUGAGAAGGAUAAGAAUGGACUUGGACUCAGCCUUGCUGGCAAUAAGGACAGGUCUCGCAUGAGCAUCUUUGUUGUGGGUAUCAGCCCAGAUGGUCCUGCAGGGAAAGAUGGAAGAUUGCACAUUGGAGAUGAACUUUUAGAGAUAAAUAACCAGAUCUUAUAUGGGAGAAGUCACCAGAAUGCUUCUGCAAUAAUUAAGACUGCACCAUCAAAAGUCAAGCUGGUACUUAUACGCAAUGAUGAUGCAUUUAACCAGAUGGCUGUUGCUCCUUUCCCAUUACCCUCCAGCUUCCAGUCUUCUAUCGAGGAUCACAGUAUCAUCGAAUCUGCAAGUGGUGAAGAAGAUACCAAUUGGGAAUUUAUUAUGAAAAGCUCAACGGAUGAUGUGUACCCUAAACUAAAAGUCAGUAACAAGGUUGACAAACAGGUAAUGGAGAACCAACAAGUAAUGGCAGAGCAACUACCAGAAAAUUUUCGUAACCAAUUAAAGCAAUCAAAGCCUUCAACAGAGAUCCCCAUCAGUUUACAUGAGAUAUCUUUGGCACCGACAUCAUCUUAUUCUCCAGAGACAGAGUUCACCAGCAAAAGUGGCUUUCCACUUCCCUUGGUAGAUCCAGCAAUAUGCCCAAUAGUUCCUGGGCAAGAAAUGACUAUAGAAAUAUCCAAGGGGCGAUCAGGCCUUGGUCUCAGUAUUGUAGGAGGGAAGGAUACACCACUUGAUGCUAUUGUAAUACAUGAAGUUUAUGAAGAAGGGGCAGCUGCUAGAGAUGGCCGACUUUGGGCUGGAGAUCAAAUUCUUGAGGUUAAUGGCAUAGACUUGAGGAAUGCUAGCCAUGAAGACGCUAUAACAGCCUUGAGACAGACUCCUCAGAAAGUACAGUUAGUUGUAUAUAGAGAUGAAGCUCAUUAUAAAGAUGAAGAGAAUUUGGAGAUUUUCCACGUAGACCUUCAAAGGAAAAUGGGCAGAGGCUUAGGGCUAAGCAUUGUUGGAAAACGAAAUGGAAGUGGAGUAUUUAUAUCUGAUGUUGUCAAAGGAGGAGCUGCUGACCUUGAUGGGAGACUAAUUCAAGGGGAUCAGAUCUUGUCUGUCAAUGGAGAAGAUGUAAGACAUGCUUCACAAGAGGUAGUUGCCACAAUUCUUAAGUGUGCCCAAGGGCUUGUGCAACUAGAGAUUGGACGACUGAAAGCUGGAUCUUGGCUGUCAUCACAGAAGACUUCUCAAAACAGCCAGAUAAGCCAGCACAGUGUUCAUAGUCACUUACACCCUACCUUUGCUCCAGUUAUUUCCACUUUACAGAAUUUUGUCAGCACUAAGAGGUCAUCUGCUGAUUCCUCUCACAGAAACUCAGUUGGAGUAGAUAUGAGCCCAAGGACUGUGGAAAUAACAAGAGGUCCAAAUGAUGCUCUUGGUAUCAGUAUAGCUGGUGGCAAAGGGAGUCCAUUGGGAGAUAUUCCAAUCUUCAUUGCCAUGAUUCAAGCCAGUGGAGUAGCUGCCCGUACACACAAACUCAAAGUUGGUGAUCGGAUUGUCAGUAUUAAUCAGCAGCCUUUGGAUGGGCUGUCUCACGCUGAUGCAGUUAAUCUACUGAAGAAUGCUUUUGGGAGCAUUAUCCUGCAGGUUGUAGCUGACACCAACAUCAGUGCCAUAGCCAGCCAGCUAGAGACCAUGACAGCCAGCACUAAUUUUAGCCCACCUGCAGAAAACCAUCCUGAAGACCCAGAAUCACCGCAGCCUAAGAUUAUUGUGUUGGAGAAAGGCUCAGAUGGAUUGGGAUUUAGUAUUGUAGGAGGCUAUGGAAGUCCCCACGGAGACCUUCCUAUUUAUAUCAAGACUAUUUUUGCAAAGGGAGCAGCUGCAGAUGACGGCAGACUGAAGCGUGGUGACCAGAUUCUAGCAGUUAAUGGAGAGACUCUGGAAGGUGUGACUCAUGAACAAGCUGUAGCUAUACUGAAGCGCCAAAAAGGGACUGUAACACUAAUGGUGUUGUCAUGAGAUUUUGCUUCAAAGGCAGUCUGGGCUGGCUGCAAUUUAUUUCUGAGCAUCGCUAGAGCUGCUAUAAAAUAGUAUGCAGUCCUGUGUGAGAUGAAAACCCAACUCAAGCUAAAAUUAGCACAUUAACCAUGUUGCCUGUGCAGUUUACACCUAUUGUAAAGGUUAUUUUGUCUAGUAAUUGAAACUAAUUGCAAAAUCAUUAAACGCACCUCCACCCAUCCCUGGUCUCCUCUGAAUGUGCUUUCUGGCUCCUGCUUUGCCCAUAACUGUCAUCUACCAGUAGGAUGUAUAAUCGCUGAAACUAGAAUUAGCAUAUACACAAGAAAUAAUUUAGCUUAUCGUCGGGUCCCAUCUGAUGAAAAGAAAUAAAUGCUGAGUGGCUUUUCCUCUCAUUCAUGGUUUGUUUAUGAUAAUUCUCUUUUCAUCUACACCAGAAAACAUUAAAAUGUAAUUCAAUUACUAUCGUUCUAAUUGAUGAAAUAUCAAAUUCUCCUAUGGAAAUUAAUUGUAAACUAAGUUCUAAUGAUGAAAUGCCAGCCCUCCCUAUCUAAUCUCUCUGGGUAGAUACAUGUAAGUGGUGGCAAUUACAACAAGUCAGUUUGUAGCCUCUCCUUAGUCUGUGUUUUAGCUUCUCCUUAGUUAGUUUAAAGGCAGGCUCCUGAAAAGUCUUCUGAUAAAUUGAUAAGAACCUUCUGAAGGGGCUGUCUUGAGGGAGCUAGUUCAGUGAUAGAAAUGGUUUGUACAGUGUAAAGUUUAAUUUUCUGAAGGAAGCACCUUAACUUGGCAUAGGGCUAAGCAUUAUUAUUAAUAAUAACAGUACUGAAAAGAAACCUGGAGGCUCAAGUUACUCAUGAUAAAUUAUGUGGUACAAUGUUGUCAUCAAUAAACAAAGUGACAAUUUUCUGUCUAAAGCCUGCAGUUUCUGUAGAAUGUAUAUUUACUGUAUGAUACAAUUAGAAUGCAAUAACAUUCAUUUUGGUUGUUUAGAAUAAAGUAUAUGUGAUAAAUUGGUCAAAGGAGAGGAAGCAGUGAUCAAAGAAAAAGUGAUUUUGUAUCGUUAAGAAUAUUGUCCUUGUUUUAUGUGCUAUGUUUGGAUCUAGCUAAUCACAAAGUGCAUUAAGCUAUUGGAAUACAUUUGUGGGUAUUCCAUGAAUAGUGCCUGAAAGAGGAUUUAAGAGAUUUUAAAGGAUUUCUACCCAGAUGUCAAUGUGCAGAUUAAUGUUAAUUGUAUUUACAAGAAAUGAAAAUGUAAGAAAAUGCCCCAGGCAGAAAACUGAAGAACACUUUAAAGACAAGAGGCAUUUUGUUUGAUAAAAUAUGCUGAGGGUAACACUGCACACUCAUAUUAAACUUGAAAAAGCAGCUCAUUUUAAACUUGUGACCAAAACCUAAUGAUCAUUGUAGUUUAGUCCUGACCAAAAAUUCAUAAUUUAGACUGUUGCAACCAUUCUUUUAAAUUUGAUGCUAGCUGUUUUAUGCACAUGUUAUAAAAGAUGUAAAGAAGGUUGAAGUUACAUGCUGAUAUAUUUUGCAUUUCCUGUGGCUCAAGUCAGAGAGCACAUGAUUGCUUCUUGUAGUUUGCAGUCACAUGUAGUUUGUGUCACAUAUAGUACUGCAAAAACUGUACUGCAGGCUACAGAUGAACUGGUGUUGAUCCAGGGAAGUAAGUGCUAUAUGUAAAAAAUAAAAAGGCACCAUCUGCUAGGAUGUUCUCCUGCACUGAGCCCCAUUGAGAUGAAUGGGAACUGUAUAAGGGCAUGGUGGGGUUUGAACAGAAAAACUGCCCAAUGGAUUAUCAAGCCUGCAUUGUGCUUUUUUGUUUUUUAAGUUUAUGGGCUUAUGGUUUGUUUAAUAAUGCUGCUGAUUUCUGUGAAGAGGUGGGAGGCAACAAAACAUACUGUGCAUUUAUGUAUGUCAGUAAAAUAAAACGUUUUAUGACUUCCAAAGAUUCAAAAUAAAAUUCACUUGCAA